CAGUGAAGUUCGCGCGUGUGUGGGAACGAUGGCCCUCCGAUCUGUGAUAUCGUCGCGAAUCCCUAUGGUUAUAAUAUUAGGUGCAACAGGAACUGGAAAAACUAAGUUGAGUGUUGAAUUAGCGAAAAAGUUUGGGACGGAGAUCAUCAGCGCUGAUUCUAUGCAGAUCUACAAAGGCUUGGAUGUGGUGACAGCUAAAGCCAGCCUGGAAGAAAGAGAGGCGGCACCCCAUCAUCUUCUGGACAUCCUCGAACCACACCAGAACUUCACCGUAGUGGACUUCAGGAAUCGGGCACUCAAGAUCAUCGAUCAUCUAACAGAACAAGGCAAAAUACCAAUUAUAGUCGGUGGUACAAAUUACUACAUUGAGUCUAUAGUGUAUAAAAUACUCGUUGAAGAUACUGACGACUCUGAAUCAUUGUUAUGGGAUAGAAGUAGACGAAAGAGAGAUUUAGAUGACCACGAUGCUGAGAAUGAAGCUUCUUCUUCUAAGAAAAGUAACACGGAUGCUAGCAGUUCUGAAAGUGAACUUAUAGAAGAUAAAACAGCUAAAAAAGUACCAGAAACUGAAAACGAUUCUAGUGUUAAUGAAGAAUCAAAGGAUCCAGAGAAAGAGAAAAUUAAAAUACAGCUUCAAGCUGAUGUUGACAAUGAGAAAAACUUCACGAACGAGGAAAUUCAUGAAAAAUUGAAGGCGAUAGAUCCUGUUAUGGCAGCUCGACUUCAUCCCAACAAUAGAAGAAAAGUUUUGAGGUCAAUAGAAGUGUGGCUGAAGACUGGACGGCUUCACAGCGAGAUCCUGGCUGAACAGAAGUUGAGCGAGGGCCAGCUCCGGAGACCAGGCAGCACUGUCAUAUUCUGGCUCAAGUGCGAACAGAGCGUCCACGACGAGAGGCUGAACGCGCGAGUGGACGCCAUGCUGCAGGAGGGCCUCAUCCAGGAGCUGCUGGACUUCCACGACAGGCACAACAAGCAGAGGAUCAAGGAUGGAAGCCCACCAGACUACACGAAGGGCGUCUUCCAAACGCUCGGCUUCAAAGAGUUCCACAACUACCUGAUGCUGACAGAAGAAGAACGGAACAGCGAAGAAGGAAAUAAACUUCUAGCAGAGAGCAUUGAAAAUAUGAAAAUUGGAACCCGGCGGUAUGCUCGGAGGCAGAAUAAAAUGGUCCGUGGGAGGUUCUUAGAGCAUCCCACUAGAGAGGUUCCACCGAUUUAUGAAUUGAACACAACAAACUUGUCCCAGUGGGAUACAGAAGUUAGAUAUAAAGCUAUACAGAUAAUUCAGAGCUACAUUAACGAUUCACCAUGCAAUUAUGAACCACUAAAAUCAGAAAUAAAUGAAGAAAAAAAGAAAAUUGAUGGCAAUUCACGCAACUAUUGCUCGGUCUGCGAGAGAAUAAUUUUGGGAGAUAAAACUUAUGAAAUACAUUUGCAAUCAUACAGGCACAUGAAAGUAUUGAAAAAGAAGAGAAGAUUAGAACAAGCAAAUCAAACAUUUGUUGAGAAAAUGUCUAAUACCUAAAUUGCUGUAAAUUAUAAUAAUAAAAUUGUUGUUGUUAGACUAUCAGACAGUUCAUUUGAAUAAAAGAGUGUUUUAA